GUCAGAGCUGGGGAGGAGAGGGCGGAGCUCGCCACGCUGACCGAGAGAAACACGUUCAGCCAAGAAUCGAGUUUUUAUCGCUUUUUAUCGCUUAUUCUCGCUUAUUCUACCAAACUCCGAGUUUGUCCGCCUGCGGAGUGUGAGGUGAGGGCAGCCCCCGGUAGAUUAAGGCGAAAUGAGGCGAGUUUCUGGACGCUUCUGAUGAGGAGCACCUGAGGGAGGCAUGGACGAGCUGAAGUGUGAAGUCCUCCACCUGAAAGUGGAGCACAUUCCUGUUUAAAGCGAAGCUUCAGCAUCCACUGAUCCACUUAUUUUUCAAUCACCAGAUCAGCCGGCCAAAUAUGGGUGAGACAGCAGCCAGAGAGGAUGGGACGGUGACGAGAUCCGCAGAGUACAUUGGCUCAUUUCCUGUUGACGACAGCUGUCUGGAUGAGCAAAUCGAACAGCUGCACGCCCAGCUGAAGUCCCUCAAGAACUGCAAGCGAAGGCGAGCCGUCUCCCUGAAAUUCUCCAUCAAAGGAGUGAAGGUGUAUAAUGAGGAUGAGACGACUCUUCUGAUGGCACAUGCUCUGCGCCGAGUCUCCCUCUCCAUCGCUCAGCCGUCUGAUUCUCAGUUCGCCUUCAUCGCCCACAACCCCGGAAGCCCCGACACCCAGCUCUACUGCCACCUCUUCAAGGCCCGACAUGCCAGAGCCGCCCAGUUCCUGAACCUGCUGCUGUGCCGCUGUUUCCAGCUGUGUUACCUGGAGAAGCAUCCAGAAGAGGCUCAGAGCGAGUCGUCUGGAAAGUCGCCCAUUCAUGUCCCUUCCCUGCUGAACCAUGGCUUCCCCCUCAGUGUCAGCGCCCUGGUGUCCUUCCGCAGGGCACCCACCCAGGGGCUGUUGCCAGGGGCAAAGGUGUCCUCCAGUCCCAGCCCGGAUCCUGUGAGCAAUCCGGACGAGGUCUUCCUGACCUCCCCUACGCUCGUACGCAAGAAGGCCAUCAGAGAGAAGGUGCUGCGCUCUGGCGCUUACCGCUCCUUUACUUGUACGCCUCUGAAACAGCGCCACCUGCAGGACCGGCUGAACCCUCCACAAGACAAGGGGCUGGACAGUACACCAGUGUUCAGGGUGCGCGCUCCAAGCUUGGCCGAAACCGAAGAAGCACUGGCUCAUGCCGUGUGGAGCUGGGCUGGCAUCUCUAGUGACAGCAGUUCUUCACUGCUUGCUGAUGAUGUCCUCGGUUCCUACUUGCUGUGUCCCCACCCUAAGAACCCCAGCCUCGGAUCUCUCCUUAUACACUUCCCUUCAGGCCUGGUCACUCUGUCUAUUAGGACGUCCAAAGGAAAAUUUUUCCUUGAGAAGUGCCACAUCUUGUUUGAAAGCCUCAUGGCUUUGAUCGAGCACUACACCCAGUUCAGAGGAGAGCUGGAGUGUCCGCUGAGCUGUGCUCGUGUCAACCACUGUUACGAAUGGGAGGAGAACACAAGCAAGGCCCACAGUCCACGGUCACAGCAUGGGAGCAAACGAAACGACAAAUACCAGUGCUGGAUCUAAAUUGUUACAUUUAUUUUUAAAUCCUUGUAAUUGUUCAUUGUUCAGUGGGAUUUUCUUUUUUACGGCAAAUUCCCGACUGAAACGGGGACUUAUUUCCCGAGGUGGAAAAUCCAGGUCCCGAAAGUAAAAAUCCUUCCCAGGAUUUUGUUCCAACUGCCUGGAUGGCUCUGCUGGUGGUUUGAUCCAACUAGAGAAGCCAGGCCAUUGGAGCAAAAUCCUGGGAAGGAUUUUUAAUUUCUGGACCUGGAUUUUCCACCUCUGCUUAUUUCACUUUCUUUCACCCAAAUUGUAGACACGUUUACUUUUCUCUCUUUUUUAUUUGAAUGGGCUCUAAUGUUCUGCCGUUCGCCCAGUAAGAUGCACCUGAAGCACAAGGGUGGGUAGGUGGUAGUGUAGUGGCCUAGUUUAUGAUUUUCUGGUUGGUUUGUUUGUUUGUUUGUUUCUCAGGAAUAGACCCUUUAUUUCUCUGUAAAUGGAACACUGAACACUGCUCCUACUAUGAAACUGACUCUUCGAUUCUGAAAGCCUCAUCAUUUUAUGUGUGCUAUAUAUGUCCAACUGUGUGGUCAAGCCAUUUUAAACAUUUUUAGCUGUAUUGUUUGCCCAGGCAUUGCCGUUUCCUUCAUGUACUCUGCUCUGCGGUGUAGAAAAGUUCCUUUUAAGGGAAUUCGCAGGCCGGACACAGAAUGCAGAUGUUGUCUGUCUCUCUUGUCAACGGCCUGCUAUGUCAGUGGUGUCAAAUUAUAGAGAAGUGUAAUGUGAUCAGCUCUGCUUCAGGUUGGUAAUUGCCACUUCAUGUUAAUCUUGCACCAGAACCUCGUUCAAAAAUCUUAACUACUUUUUUUUUUUUUUUUUUUUUUACAUAAGCAAAUUACUGAAGCACUUUCUGAACAAAUAUUUUUCUCUUUCCCUGUUUGUUGUACACUUUCACAAGAGGAUUUUAUAUAUAAACAUUUUUUUUAUACAGCAA